CUUAGCUACGUCCAAGACCCGAUGCAUCAACUCGACCACAUUUGCCCAUCCCUCCUCAUCAAAGGCGACAAUCGGCAACCGGUUCGUCGUGAGGGCCGAUUUGAGUCACCAUCUCGGCCGGUACAAUCGCCUCAGCGCCAGGCCUAGCGCGCAUCUGUCGGGCUAUUUUACGCGCCAACCACACACCACACGCCCCACACCACACAUCACACGCCAACCGCAUUUCCGUUGGCCAAUCAUCCACUCCUACCGGCCAAGUCAUCACUCCGACCACUUGUUUCGCGCCUGCCAACCUGUCUCCUCUCCCCAAGACCCACUUCUAUUGCCACCCGGCCAACAAAUAAACACAAACACAUCUCUAAUUAAGAAUGGGCGCUUUUUCGAUAUCAAGCCUCGGUUUCCCAAUCAAGCACACAUUUCCAAUCGGGCCAAUUCAAAUGAGUCCCCGACCCCGUCGACCCCAAUGCCUUGGCCUGACUACCUCGACGGUAACCCAACAGUGACAUGUACGCCCGGUCUACCAGAAAGCGCCGCAGGAGGUGAACUAGGCAGGCUUGCAAAACCACACGCAUCGACAUUGUGUUUGUUGAAGCACGUCCCCGUUAAAUCAACCGAAAAGAGAAGUGACCAAAGCAGAGUUGAUAAAAAUGGAAGCAGAGUGCGGGUCAAAAAGAUUGAGGGUGCGUGGAAAAAGAGAAGCAGAUUAAACCGCUAG